AAGAAAGCUUGGUCUCUCACUAGUCGGAGCUUCUGGUCAUUUUACUGAGGCCCUUGUUGUUGGUGUGGAUAUACAGGCCCACAAGCCUGAAAGGCUGUCAUGGCGACUGGAGGAGACCCAGAGGAGGAGCAGGUAGUUCCAAGUGAGGAGGAUGAAGCCGAUGUGAGGGCCGUGCAGGCCCGCUACCUCCGGAGCCCUUCCCCCAGCCAGUUCUCAAUGGUCUCAGAUGCAGAAACUGAAAGCAUUUUCAUGGAACCAAUUCACCUCUCCUCAGCCAUUGCUGCCAAACAGAUCAUCAAUGAAGAACUCAAGCCUCGAGGUCUCAGAACAGACAGAGAGUGUCCAGGCAUGCUGGAGUCUGCUGAGCAGCUCCUGGUGGAAGACUUGUACAACCGUGUCAGGGAGAAGAUGGAUGACAGCAGCCUAUACAACACCCCUUGUGUGCUGGACCUGCAGCGAGCACUGGUCCAGGACCGCCAAGAGGCCCCCCGGAACGAGGUGGAUGAGGUCUGGCCCAACGUUUUCAUAGCUGAGAAGAGUGUGGCUGUGAACAAAGGACGGCUCAAGAGGCUGGGAAUCACCCACAUCCUGAAUGCUGCACAUGGCACUGGGGUUUACACAGGCCCCGAGUUCUACACUGGCCUGGAGAUUCAGUACCUGGGUGUGGAGGUGGAUGACUUCCCAGAAGUGGAUAUCUCCCAGCAUUUCCGGAAGGCAGCUGAGUUUCUAGAUGAAUGCCUGCUGACCUACAGAGGGAAGGUCCUGGUCAGCAGUGAAAUGGGCAUCAGCAGGUCAGCCGUGUUCGUGGUGGCCUACCUGAUGAUCUUCCACAGCAUGGCCAUCCUGGAGGCCUUGAUGACUGUGCGCAGGAAGCGGGCUAUCUACCCCAAUGAUGGCUUCCUGAAACAGCUGCGGGAGCUGAAUGAGAAGUUGAUGGAGGAGAGGGAAGAGGAGUAUGGUGAGGAGUCCGAGGAGGAUGCUGGGAGCACAAUGGGAGCUCAGGUGCAUGAGCUAAUGGUGGAAGAAGAGGAUGAUGCCACCAGCCACCUGAGUGCUUCUACCUUGGGGAAGGCCAGCCAGGCCUCCAAGCCUGUCACAUUCACUGAUGAAAAGGAGGAGAAGUUGUAUGAGGAGUGGAGGAAGGGACAAGGCCUCUACAAGGGCAAGGCUGUGCAAGGUAGAGAGGGCAGCCGGUCCACCUCCUCUGCCCAGGAGGGGGACUACUGCGAUGAUGAGGAUGUGGAAAGGAUCAUCCAGGAGUGGCAGACCCGAAAUGAGAGGUAUCAAGCCAAAGGGCACCAGCAAUGGAGUCGGGAGGAAGUGGAGGAAGAAGAUAGCAGCAUCGGCUCCUAUACGGGCAGAAGGCGCAGGCACACCUUGAGGGAGUACAGCACUUCAGAGAGCGUCAGCAGCCAGGACAUCCGGAUCCUGAAGCAGCAGUUGGAGAGGAGCAGCCAGAGUCGCACUGGAAGACACCGCUCAGACUCUGAGUCGUCGGAGAGCAGCUGGGAUAUGUGGAACGAGAGGCUGCUGGAGAUUGAGAGGGAAGCUGCCCAGAAGUAUCGCUCAAAGAGCAAGAGGGAGGAGAUGGAUGUGAACUCGGAGGCAGGGGGGGGUAGAGUCCGGGAGGACGAUGAGGAGAGUGUGCUGUCCGAGGCCAGCUCCUUCUACAACUUCUGCAGCCGAAACAAAGACAAGCUCACAGCCCUGGAAAGGUGGAAGGUCAAGAGAAUCCAAUUUGGGUUUCACAAGAAAGACUCAGAGGUGGGAGAUGGAAGCAGCGAGCAUGGUACAGAGGAGGCAACAGGUGAGAAGAACCUCUCCGAGGUCAACCUGACAGCCUACCAGGCCUGGAAGCUAAAGCACCAGAAAAAGGUAGGCAGUGAGAACAAGGAGGAGGUGAUGGAGUUGAGCAAGGGAGAGGAUGCAGCCUUGGCCAAGAAGAGGCAGCGGAGGCUGGAGUUACUGGAGAGAAGCAGGCAGAAUCUGGAAGAGAGCCAGUCCAUGGCAAGCUGGGAGGCAGACAGCUCAGCUGCCAGCAGGAGCAUCCCCCUGUCUGCAUUCUGGUCUGCAGCUCCCUCGGUCAAUGCAGAUGGGGACACAGCAUCAGUACUCAGCACCCAGAGCCACCACUCCCUCCUGUCUCAGACAGCAAGCAACACCCCUACCACACCCCUGCCUAACCUGCCAAUGGGGCCUGGAGACACUAUUUCCAUUGCCAGUAUCCAGAACUGGAUUGCCAACGUAGUCAGUGAAACCCUUGCCCAGAAGCAAAAUGAAAUGCUCUUGCUGUCCCGCUCACCAUCUGUUGUAAGCAUUAAGGCAACCCCAGCAGCGGGCUGCCUGGGGGAUGACCAGGUCUCCAUGCUCAGUGCACAGAGCAACUCCUCCCUGGGCCUGCCUCCCAGCCAGGCAAGACCCAGCUCUGAAAUUCAGUCUGUGCUGCCCUCUAACACCUCGGUGAGUUUGAGGGCUGAAGGCAGUGGGAGCAAAGUGAAGGGGACCAGCAAGCCCAUCUACAGCCUCUUUGCUGACAACGUGAGCCUGAAGGAGCUGGACCGGAAGGAAAAGGAGAUGCAAAUGGAGCUGAAGGAGAAGAUGUCAGAGUACAAAAUGGAGAAGCUGGCCUCAGACAAUAAACGCAGUUCUCUUUUCAAGAAGAAGAAGGUCAAGGAUGAUGAGGAUGAUGGCAUAGGGGUCAGGGAUGAGGACACAGACAGUGCCAUUGGGAGCUUCCAAUAUUCCUCCCGAAGUCAUUCCCAGAAGCCUGAAACAGAUACCUCCUCCUCAUCUCUGGCUGUCUCUGAUCUCAGUAGAAAUGGCAGCAGAGCUGGGAAAGAGACAGAUAGCAUUGAUAAGUGGCUCAGUGGCCUCAGCACAGAAGAAAAACCUCCUCCUUUAAGUAAUUGGUCUGGAAGCUCCAGGGGAAGAUACACCAGAUCUUCCCUGCUCCGGGAAACCGAGUCUAAAUCCUGCAGUUACAAGUUCUCCAAAUCCAAGUCAGAGGAACAGGACACCACCUUCCAUGAAGCAGAUGGUAGCUCUGUAAGAAGCACAUCACGAUUCUCGUCGUCCUCCACCAAAGAAGGCAGAGAGACACAUAAGUUCUCCAGGUCCACAUUCAGUGAGACCUCGAGCUCCCGAGAGGAGAGCCCAGAGCCCUACUUCUUCCGCCGGACCCCUGAGCCCUCAGAAAGGGACGAGUUCCCAGAACCUCAGCACCCAAACUGGACCAGGCCCAGGGACUGGGAAGAUGUAGAAGAGUCAUCCAAGUCAGACUUCUCUGAGUUCGGAGCCAAGAGGAAAUUCACCCAGAGCUUCAUGAGGUCUGAAGAGGAGGGAGAAAAAGAGAAGACAGAGAACAGAGAAGAGGGGAGGUUUGCAUCUGGGCGGCAGUCCCAGUAUCGGAGAAGCACAAAUAGGGAGGAAGAGGAAGAAAUGGAUGAUGAAGCCAUCAUUGCUGCUUGGAGACGCCGCCAAGAAGAAACCAGGACUAAGCUACAGAGGAGGAGGGAGGACUGAGCUGUGCCAGGCCCAUGCUGGAGAGACUGGGGACACAGGAAGAAGCCAUUUAUUUAGCUUAGCACAGGCCUUGGGGGACACCUUGCCACCACCUGUCAAGGGAAGAGGAGGUGGACAGGAUCUUCCAAAGGGGCAGAGCUGUAAAUGCCCAAGCAUAAAGGACCUGGAGGAACAGUGGGGAGGAAGAGUAGAGAAGAGCCAUCAAUGUAAAGCCCAAAUGCUGGACCAACAGUCGCUAUUUCUGUGACCCAAGGCCUUCUAAGCUUUGGUGUUUCCCUUCUGUAUUUGAGAGUGUUCUCUGCAGACUGGAGAUGAACCUGAAAAGCCAAUGAAGGCUUCAGCCUACAUCUAGGAAGACCAUUUUGCAGGCCAUGGUUCUGCCUGUUCAGGUUUUAUAGUGAGA